AUGUCCAGCCUUCCAGACUAUUAUGCCAUUCUCGAAGUCCCGUCCAGCGCCACAGCCGACGACAUCAAACGAGCGUACAAGAAGGCCGCACUGAAGUGGCACCCAGAUCGAGUCCCCGUCGACUCGCCCGAGCGUCCCAAACGCACGAAACGCUUCCAGGCCAUCAACGAUGCAUACUACACGCUCUCGGACGUGACGAGGCGCCGAGACUACGAUGACGCACGCCGCUUCCACACCACGUACGCCGAUGUCGAAGAGGAAGAAGAAGUCGACGAGGAUAUCCCCCGCACGCGCCGUACCAACGCAGGCGCAAACACAUGGAGCAACUUCUUCUCCAACUUUGGCCGGUCGGGCAACCAGGAGGAACAGUUCUCGAACGACCAGUUCGAGAGCGCGUUUGCCGAAAUGAUGGGCGAAGCCGCCAUGGCUGACGGCGAGCAGCAGGACGCAGGCGCGGGCCAACCCAAGCCAGGCACGUUCUGGGCCAUGUUGGGUGGACUGAGCGGGGCCACUUUGGGCUUCAUCUUUGCCAACUUUGCAGGAGCCAUCCCUGGCGCGGCGGCCGGGUGGAAGUUUGGCAGGCUUCGGGAUGAGAAGAAGCAGCCUGUCUACACGACCUUUCAGCAGCUACCGCAGGCCGAUAAGGCGAAGUUGCUGAGCGAGCUUGCGUCGAGGCUGUUUGCCAGCGCUCUUGGUAGUUGA